UAAAUAAAUUUCACUUCUCUCUUACGUGCAUUUCGUUAGUGUUUCUGUAAUUCAUCGUCACUUUAUAGUCAAUCUAGGUUUGUAUUUGUCCUCAGCAAGUUCUACUUCUACUGUGAUACUGCCGAUUAGGUUAUUCCAGUGAUAAAAGCAGUCUAAAGUAAGGUUGAGAUGGACUGUGGUGAGCACGUUGUGUUGGAUGAGACAACCGAGUUGCAGUUCCUUUCAAAGGAAGAACUCAUCCAAAGGGUGGUCAAGCUAACAAAAGAGAAGGAAGAAGUACUUUUGAUGCUUGAUGAAAGCUCUUCAGUGGAACAGAAACCAGAUACGAAGAAGGCACUUGUAUCGGCAGAUCGUAGAAAGAACUCCAAGGAAUCUAAGGCAGGCACUGGAAACACUAGCAAGCAAAAGUCAUUUGAUUUUUCUCGAUAUCAUAAACGACACAUAGCUCUGAAAAUAGCUUAUCUUGGAUGGGACUUUCAUGGCUUUGCUAGUCAAGAGAGUACAGAAAACACAAUUGAAGGUCACCUUUUUGCCGCUCUAUAUAAAGCUUGUCUAGUAGAAAACAGAGCUAAAAGCAACUACUCCAGAUGUGGAAGGACGGAUAAAGGGGUUAGUGCCUUUUCACAGGUUGUUUCCCUUGAUGUACGAUCAAAUCUGGCUGAGGGUCUUGGUGUCAUUGUGAGUGGGGACAGAGAAAAAGUACAAAAAAGAAUCGGGAGAACCAAGGAGAUUUCAGAAAUCUCCUAUGCUCAUAUUCUAAACAAGCUCCUUCCACCAGAAAUCAGGAUUAUUGCCUGGAUGCCAGUGGAACAAGAAUUUGAUGCAAGAUUCAGUUGUUUACACAGGACAUAUAAAUACUUCUUCCCUGCAGCAAAUCUUGAUAUAGAAAUCAUGAAUUGUGCAGCUCAGAAAUUUGUAGGAAAGCAUGACUUUAGGAAUUUUUGUAAAAUGGAUGUUGCAAGUGGUGUUUUAACUUUUGAAAGAGAUCUUCUAUCAGUUACAGUUGAAAAGAUAAAGAAUGACUCACACCACUGCAGUGGCUAUCAAAUAUGUGAAAUAACAAUUUGCGGGUCAGCAUUUCUGUGGCAUCAAGUGCGAUGUAUGGUAGCUGUACUUUUCAUGAUUGGUCAGAAUCUAGAAAAUAAGGAAGUUAUUGACUGGAUGCUUGACAUCAAGCAAUGUGCGAGUCGACCACAAUACAAUAUGGCCUCAGAAUUACCUCUUGUGUUGUAUGACUGUUGUUAUGAGCAAAUGUCAUGGAAACAUGAAUGCGGGACUUUAGAAGCCUUAUUGAAAGACUUUCAGAAGUUGUGGACAAGUCAAGCCAUCAAAACAGCAAUACUUAGUAAGUUGACUGAAAAACUAGAUGAUGCAGCUGUGAUUAAAUGUGUUGACAGGAGCAACAUUGCUGGUGAGCAUGACAGUGGCGAGAUUGUUUCAUGGAGUGACACAAGACAACCUCAAUUUCAUCAGUUGAUGUCAUUGGUCCCCUUCCAAAUAAAAAACAAAACACGCAAACCACUUGCUAAAAGAGACAGGCAUGAAAGUUUUGAAUUCAAAUUGGAGGUAGUUAAUGCAAAGCGAAGAAAAGCUGGCAAAGAAGAAUUUGCAGAAAAGGCAAGUGAGCCGAGUUAAGGAAUGAACAGUGUGUUCCAUGUAUUUUAUUAUGGUAAUAAGCUGGAAACAUAGGACUUUGCACAUAUAGAGUACAGUUUAAGGUUGAAAAAAAAAAGCAUCCGACAUUUACCUUGUGUGUUUUUAGAGGCCAUAAACUUACUUAAAAGGAGUGUUGAUUUGUAAAAAAAUACUGUAAUUGUUCUUCCAGAAACUCAUCAUCAGCCAGGUACCAACACAAUCAACAAUUACCUUAAUAUUAAAAAAAGAACUACAUUAUUUUAUUUGUUGUUAGGGCAUGACUAUCAGGUUGGUCAGUGAAUAGUGCUGUGAUUGGUGACCAAAUUACCUAAUCCAGUGAUGAUUUCUUUAGAUUUCAAUUUGUGGUAGUGAAAGUAACAAUUAUUGCUAGAAUAUAACGAUAGAAGGUGGUAUAUAUGGUGUUUUUUUCACUGACAAAGGGUUUCAAUGCUGCAUUUCGUGGAUUUUAAAGGUUAAAACAUAUAUUGGUGGGUAUCGCCACCUACAGGUUUAUAACUCUAGCUAGUAACAAGGACUAUAAAUGUUGUUGUUGCUGAUCUUUUUUGUUCAGUGCAAGUAAAGUUACGUGAGCAAUUUUUUGGCAGUUUGCAUACCAAAGAUUCUGCAAAGAAACGAUAUUUAGAGGCAAAACUAUCGCAAUAUUUUGCUGUGCAGGUGUUUCCGGAAUGCACAGAAUUAAAGAAAGGGACAAUGAUCAUUGUAAAAGUACUUGAGACUAAGUAAAUACAAUAUUUUACAAUUACAUCAAUAUUUAGGGGGCGUACAUUUUAAUUCACCGCUAUGCAAAAAGACCGAAAGUACAAAACAUUUUUCAUCAACACAAUUUAGUAAUGAAUCUUACCGAAUCUAAGGCCGACUUUUUUUGUCAACAAAACUCGUUUCAAAAUGUCAGAAACAUUCCGUGCAAUAUAUUCUGUUGUUUUAUCAUCCUUAACAUUAGAGGGAUCAAAUCCGGGAAUUUUUAGGGAAGUUAUCUGCCUUUAUUGGUGAGAAGUUGUCUUUCACCUGUCUUGUUCUUUUGUCAAAAAACAACAGAGGAAUGCAGUUCUAAAAUAAAAGACGAGUUCUUGACAAGACGACUCAAUCAAAUCAAUAGGGAGUGUUCUCGAAAAGCUCCUCAGGUAAUGCACUAUACUUUUUUCCCAAUUCACACGAAAAUGAUGAAAGUUUUAUUACUGGUGUCACACAACGUCUUUCGUUAAUCUUGGCUGUCACAAGGUAGAACGAAUUUUUACCAUGUCGAUAUCAGCAAUGUUUUAAAGGGAUUCCAAUGUAACUUUACUGGGGCUCUAUGGCAAAAUGAAAGACUGAACGAGCAAUCAGUGGAAAAUUCGCUUCCAUAAAGGUAAUAAGUCUACUGUCACAAUUUUUCACCGCAUGAAGCGUGCAAAGGGUAAGGGAAAUUUAUUCAAUACUUUGACAUGAGCAUGAUGGCAUCGUUCUUCGAAUUCUUUUCCGGUUUUUGUCAACAAAGGAUUAAAAUUGCUCAGGUUUU